AAACAAACAAAACUCAAAAAACCCCCAACAAAUCAAGCACCUAUAAAAAGGUAACAUGUGGGUUUCUUUUUCUACAUAGCAUUUCACACUGUGUCAGAGCCUGUGUGUGUGAGAGAGAGAAGUAGAAUGGAUAAGUCCAGGAAACAUUUUACUGAUCUUAUAGAUAAAGGAAUAGCGGCUGCCAGUUUACUGCCUCGUGAUGAACUGCUGUUUUCUUACAAUGGAACUCUCUACCCUGUCACUAUUUGUAGUCCUGAAACAUUCAGAGCCUUGGAGUCCUUUGAAUCCAGAAGUGAUGAUGUUCUUUUGGCAGGAUACCCUAAAUCUGGCACAAACUGGCUAAGUCAAAUCUUAACUGACCUGAUAAACAUAUCUGAAAAGAAAACACAGGAUAGAGAAAGCAGUGUGAAUGAUGAAGAACUAGAAUUCCCCUACCUUGAAGUUGGAGAUGCCAAGAAAUAUGAGCGAAUGACCAAAUUAUCUUCUCCAAGAUUUAUGGUUACUCAUCUCCGUCCUGAAAACCUUCCCAAGUCUAUCUUCAAAAAUAAAGUCAAGAUAUUGUUAUUGAUUCGUAACCCAAAAGAUUUAGCUACAUCUUUUUACCAUUUUUCCAAUGGCCUGGCUGUUCUUCCCUCCUAUGAGACCUGGGAUGAUUUCUUCACAGAUUUCAUGACAAAGAAAGUGGUCUGGGGAUCCUACUUCGAAUACCUUUCCAAAUGGAACAACUAUGCUGAUGAAGAAAAUGUUAUGACAAUAACUUAUGAAGAGCUAAAAGAGAAUCCUGUCGUGGGUGUGAAAAACAUAGCUGCUUUCUUAGGGAUUUCAGUGACUGAGGAGGAGCUUCAGCUUGUGGUAGAGAGGAGCAGCUUUCAGUCAAUGAAGAAGAACUCACAGAAGACCCAUGGGGCAUUAGGCAACAUUCUCUUUCGCAAAGGUGCUGUAAAUGACUGGAAGAAUCUUUUCAGUGAAGAUCAGAAUGAGAAAAUGGACAAAGCAUUUGAAGAAUAUGUAGGAGGAACUAAACUUGGAACAAAGUUAAAGUAUGAAGUGUACUGUAAAGCCUGAAGAGUAAUAAAAUGUGGUCAGAACAAGAACUUCUCGAGGCACACACUGAUAAUCUGAAUACUAUAUACUGGAAAAUUAGAUCAAAUUAUCAAAGCACUAUUAGAAUUACUGUAAUAAACACAUUGCAGCAGCCUUUAUAGUGACAAUGAUGAAUAGUAGGCUUUAGUUUUAUGGUGAGAUCUUUGGCUUGCUUUGGCUACACCCAUUUGCUGCAAGAUGUGUCAACUAAUCAUAUUCACAAAAAUUCAACAGCCCUGUUCCAGUAGCUGCCACCUGGAGGGAAAUGACCCUUUUCUUUCUAGCCAAGCCCCAUCUUUCUAGGCUAUUUUGUAGUUAUUUACUGUGCAGAUAAUUUUUUCUUCAAAAAUGUUUCAAAUCAAGCAACAUCUUCACAGAAAAGAUUACUAGCAAAAAUAUGGAUCUGACACAAACCUAAUGACAAGGAUGUCUUCCAUGACUUCAGCACAAACUGAAUCAGAGCUAGAGAGAGAAGAAAGAAAGGGAAUGAGGAUCAGCAUUCUUAAGGAUUUUAAUCUCUCUGAAUGUAAAAUGUGAGGAUGGAUUUCAGAUUAUAGGCUGGUGUCAACCGGAAAAAUUCACUCAGAGUCACUGCUUUUAUAGGAACAUAGAACAGCCCAGGAUGGAAGAGAGCUUGAAAAAUGAUACGAUCCAACCUUUCAUGAGAAAGGGAGCCUAGAUGAGAUUAUUCCAUCUUGAAGACCUCCAGUGAUGAGGACAGACUCUACCGCAUUUCUGGAGAGGUUGUUCCAGUGAAUGAUUGUUCUCACUGUAAAAAAUUUUUUCUUAUAUUAAGAUGAAACCCCUCCUCAUGCAACAUGAACCCACUGCCUGUUACCUUCUCCAUAUGGCUCCCUGUGAAUAGAGAACCUCUGUCCUCUUUGUUGCUGCCCUUUACUGAAAUACUGUGAUGACGUUGUCCCUGAGCCUUCUCAUCUUUGUGGUCCUCCUUUGGAACCCCUCCAGUUUGUCAGUGUCUUUCUUGAAAAUGGUUCUGUUGAGAGAGUGGGAGUGCCAAGAGUGAUGGUGUGAGACAUUACUAUACUCAGCUAUAUUGUACUGCCAUUGCUAUUUGGCUCUGUGGACACAGUAUUUCAGACCUGUCCAGGGACUAACUGCACUUCAGCCACCUGUUCUGGGAAAAGAAGCAAAAUUAAGUUCUUUAAGUACAGUUGAAUUAAAAAUAGGAAAAACCACACCCAAUUUAUAGAUUCACCACUAAGCAGAUAAGAAAUAGAAAUAAAAUAUACACUAGGGAAUAAUAAAGUGGCUUUUUGCUUCACUCUUUUAAAGCUUGUUGGUUCUGCUUGGACAUAUGUAGACAUGUAUAGUUUUGGGAAGAAAUAGGAAUGCUUAAUAUUUAGAAAAAAUGAAUGAAUUCAAAGGCAGAGCAGCUGAAAAUCCUGAUGCAAGUCAUCUUUGAACAGCUACAAAUUAUCUGUAAGAACCCAGAAAGGUACCAGAUGCCUUGGAGAACAUAUGUAAUAGCUGUGUUAAAAACUUGAGAAAGAAUCAAAAUAGAGCAGUCACCUUAACUUGAUACCUGGAAAUGCACUAGCAAAAAUGAUCAAGCAACCCUCCAUGAAACAUUUUGAGGAUAAUAAGGUAGUAAGUAUAAAUCAUGUCACAGCUGUUUGUGUUCCUCCUUUAAAAGAUAAUUUACCUCUUGAAUAAGCCAUAGACAAGAGAUACAAUAGGUGACAGCAUCAGAAAGGGUCUGAAAUUAUAUGACAGAAGAGAAAAUGUAAAUCCAGAAACGUAUGGCCUUGUAUGUGGAGAUGGCAAUGUACAAAUGUGGUUAUAGAAAUGAAAUUGAAGUACUGAAGGUAGGUUUGUGUUCCUAUCAAUUCAUACAACAGCUACAAAAGGCAUUCAGAAGCAGGAGCACCAGCAGCAAUACUUUCAGGAAUAUCCACUUGUUUACAUGGAUGUUAUGAACUUGGUUGCAUGCUCAUGGUCAAACUGCAUAUACUGGAUGACAGCAAAACUGGGAGGUCAAUUAAAGCAGUAUCCUCUAGUGGUGAGUCCUGGUCAUAUUCAACAUUGUUCUUAGCACUGCUGGACAAACUAAUAUCACAUACUGUGUCAUAAAUGAUUGGCUUUUAAGACUGGAGAUCAGAAUAGACGGCUGAAAGUACUUGAGAAAAUGGGGAAACAUUUUGAAACAACAUAGCAAAUUGAAAAGAUUAGCAAACACAAAGAUCAGUAAAGGUAAGUGUAAAACACUACAUUUAGAAAAGAGAAAGCAAA